CAAACCGCAACAAAUCAUCAUGAAUACCAUCGCUACUCUUUUGAUUGUAUCGGCUGCUUUGGCUGUUGUAUCCGGUGCCGGUUAUGGUGGUGCUAGUGCUGGCGGUUCCGGUGGUUAUGGUGCUGCUUCUAUACCAGCUCCUCCCUGCCCCAAAAACUACCUGUUCAGUUGUCAACCCAAUUUGGCUCCAGCUCCCUGUGCUCCUCCUGCAGCUAGUUAUGGUUCGGCUGGUGCCUACUCCGAAAAUGUACCAACAAUUCUCAAUGCUCCUUAUGGCUAUCAAGGAUUACCACAACAAUUGAAUCAAUUCCCCAACUAUUAUGGACAAAUUGUUGGUGGCAAUUAAAUGAAAUUAGGAAAACAACUUGAUUGACUAUUGAAUAUGUAUGAUUUGUU